AUGCCUCCUUCUAGGCAGCCUGGAUUUGAAAAUACUAGAUCAAAUGAAUAUUGGUUUUGCUUUUCAAGCCCCAAUGUGGAGUCUCACUUGAUCAUAAGUAUUAGUGAAAAUCACUACUUGGCACUGGCUAAAGGUCCACUUGUUGAAGACCAUGUGCUGAUAGUACCAGUUGAGCAUAUGCCAAGUACCUUGUCUCUGUCAUCUGAAUUUGAAGUUGAGCUCUGUCAGUUUCAGAAUAGUCUUCAAAGGUAUUGCAAGAGCCAGGGAAAGGAAGUCAUCUUUCUUGAGUGGGUUUUCAUACGUGCCACUCAUGCAAAUCUUCAGGCCAUUCCUAUUCCAUCUUCCAAAGCAGUUAUAGUUGAAAAGGCAUUCAAUUUAGCUUCACAAAAGAUGGGAUUUAAAUUUGUGUCCAAGAAUUUUGAUAGCAUUUCUGAUGGAAGAAAAUUUCUGAAGACACAAGCUGAUGAGGAGUCAAGUUUGUCCUAUGCCGAAAUCUCAGGAGGCAUCAUUCUGCUGCACCAUGUUGAGGAGAAAGUGAGAUUCCUUGCCCAAUUUGGAUGUGAGGUAGGCAUUUAACUGAUGGAAUGCUAUGCUAAUAUAAGGAUGAAUAAUAUACUUCUUAAUCAGGUUUUUUUUCCAAGAGGACAUCAACGAUUAUCAUUCUUUUACUUAUAAGGAAAAUUACUCUUGUACUCAUCAGUUUAAGAUUGGAACUUAUAAAUUU